CUUAAUCCUUCGGCCCCACAGUAAGGAGGAGUGGGUGAAGACGGGGAGAGGUGAGCGGUAAGAGGUGUGGCCAGAGAAGCCUGUCCACUUGACUUGAUGGCUCAAACACACGCGCCCCCUCCCCCUGUGGUCUUAGCCAUCCUCUCAUCAGUUAGAGAGGACGGGAAGGGAGGCUAUGACGGCACCGCUCUGCUCACGGGGAUAGGACUUUCUGCAUGGAUAUUUGGAUUCUGUCACAGACCUCAGCAUUAUCUUCGGCCUGCUGCAGAAAUGCCUGGAGGCCAGUACCAUGUGACGAGCACCAGACCCCGCCACAGUAUCUACAGCCUGACGGACAGCUCUGAUGUCGGCCCCGAGGAUGAGGAGGCCGACGGCGUGCUGCGCCUCACCCCCCUGCAGAAGCUCACCACCGACAUGUGCAAGGACGAGAAUACCAUCAAGGAGCUGAUCAUAGGCCGCAGGGUGGGCUUCUACAAGGUCCGUGGGGAGAUUGGCUGUGGGACCUUCUCCAGGGUCAAACUGGCCUUCCAUGCUCUGACUAAAGACAAAGUGGCCCUGAAGAUCCUGGAUAAGACCAGGUUGGACAGUCAGGCCCAGCGUCUGCUCUCCAGGGAGAUCAGCAGCAUGGAGUUGCUCCGGCACCCCAAUGUGGUCCAACUGUACGAGGUAGUGGAGACGCCGAGCCGGCUGUACCUGGUGCUGGAGUACGCAGGAGGAGGAGACCUCCACAACAGGAUCUGCAACGACGGGAAACUGUCUGACAACACCAGCAAGAUCACCUUCGCACAGAUCCUUUCUGCCAUUAAAUAUAUGCAUAACAUCAACAUCAUUCACCGGGACCUGAAGGCGGAGAACGUUCUGUUCACCAGCACCAGCUGCGUGAAGGUGGCCGACUUUGGAUUCAGCACGCGGGUUUCAAACCGCAACGAUGCCCUUGACACCUUCUGUGGCUCGCCGCCCUACGCCGCCCCAGAGCUCUUCAGGGACGAGUGCUACCUGGGGCCCCCAGUAGAUGUGUGGGCCAUGGGGGUCUUGCUUUUCUUCAUGGUGACCGGCACUAUGCCGUUCCGCGCAGACACCAUGGGCAAGCUGCGGCGCAGCAUUAUCGAAGGCGCCUUCACCAUCCCUCCCUGGGUGCCCGGCCCCUGCCAGAGGCUCAUCAAGGGCAUCUUGAAGACGGUCCCCGCCGAGCGCUACGCCAUCGACCAGAUGCUGGGCUGCGAUUGGCUCUUACCUGUGGAGUUUCCUUGGUCAUUGGUGCCUCCCGAACCAGUGAGUCCUCUGCAUAAACUGGGACUAAGAGGGGACCUGGAGGAGGAG